AUGCUGAAGUUCGCAACAGGCUGGUUACAAGCUUUCGACGCCCGUGCCAUUGCCGUGCAGGGUAACUUAGUUAUCAUGAUGCCCAACAUGCAUUUCAUUCUGGAAUUUCACCAUUUCGAGGCCGAAGUCUUACAAGCUCGCGCAGAUGGUCGCUUUGGCGUUAUCGACUGCUUUCAGUGGCCUCAGGCCUACGACGAUGCUUUUUGUCACGCCGUCUGCAUUCCUCGAAAGGAGGCAUUUCCAUUCCCUCACCCACUACAUUGGGCUUGGUUCACCCCUACUCAAAAUGACCUCAAGUCCAUUCCCGGGAAUUCAUUUCCUGUGGGGACACUGGCUUCGGAUAAGGUCAAUGGCUUGCAAUCCCUCUCCAAGCUGGCAGAUCAACAACUCCACGAUUAUAGAAAGGCCCAGCCAGACAGAGGCCAAAUUAUAUACAGUUGCCUCUUGUCCCUCCAACACGCUGUCGCAUGCUUGAAGUCGCACCCCCUUACUUUCCGCGAUCUUCUCAUUUUUGUUACUGACGCUCAGCGCCUCUUUCUCGACAUCUACUCCUACAUCGACUGGAUGCUUCUGGCACAGCCUCUCACUACUUUGGGCCUUUGUCAUGAAGCUCAUGGCGAAUGGAUGGGCACUUUCGUGCAGAGUAGUGAUGUCUGUGAGAGGUUAUUCUGUGCCGGUGUCCCCAUUUGGUAUGUUCGUGCAAGCAUAUACAUUCCCCCGAACAUGAAGGUCAUCGAACCUGUUUUACUUACACGUCCGGAUCACAUCGUUAUUUCCAUGUACGCAGAGGGCAGAAAAGUUUGCCCAUUCGAAGUCAUAUACCGCUACACACCCCAACCAUCAUCCAGCUCGAAUCCUGGUUCUAAAUUGUCUACUCUUGGUAAGGCGCUGUCCCAACAGAAGGGCAAGCCGAAGUACCAGCCAUUUGAAGCUCGCCCUGCACAUCCUGCCCAGUCAGGUGAAUCCAGGGACAAGUGGAAAGACCCUGACACGCCUCACCUUCCACCAUCGAAUCUGCAUUGGGAGGCUGCAAUGAAAAUUGCCAUUAAAGACCAGUCUCGCAUUCGCACGCCCUACAUUAUUGAUCGGGGGUAUAGAUUCCCUGAGCCUGCUCUUCUCAUCGGCCCAAAACUACCUGAAUGUUUGCAACUAUAUCUUGCUAAUUGGCUUGCGUCCCAUGCACUAUGGAUAGGCCGAGUCAAUCAUGAUCCUCCGCGCACUUAUCCCACUCCUCAACUCUGGCGUGAUUUUCUUGGCAGUGUGCCCUCCACCCAGCCACAAUCUCAUAAGGAGAAAGACUCUGAUGGAAAGGGUCUUACGGCUGCCAAGAAGCGGAAGCAAGUGAUGCAGGACUUGUUCGGUGAUGACCUGUUAGAAACACAGGGUGAUAUAUUCUCCCCAGAAGGAGUUGUUGAUUUUUGGGGUGAACAAGUCCCCAUCGCCAGUCUUGCUAAUCCCCCCGCACUUCUAGCCCAGAAGAUCACAUGGGAGCUAUUCGAACUAGGCUUUCGAUAUGAGUUGAGGGAUCUUGAUCGUUGCUUGGCAUGGGGAGAAUGGAACAAUGAUCCAGUCGGUCGCGAGCAACUCCUCCACGGCAUCUUCCCGGGCGAGGCUGGUCUAGUGAUGUGGUCAGAGCCAUUUCCGUCGGAACAUUACAGAUUGUGGGACAACACUCUGAUGGGUUGUCUUCCUUAUCUUGAGAAUUUUCGACGACUGCUUUGCAAUUGGAAUGACAUGCCACCUUUUCUUAUAACACCACUGACAUCGGACAACUUUACAGAUAUAAAGUGCUGGGAAGCCAGGCAUGUGGCAACAACGUUUUACGUCCAAACAUUUUUUGAUCAUUUCGGCAGGCCUCCCAUUGUACCCCACUCACUUCCCAUGCAAUCAUAA